AUGACACAGACUGGUCCGGCUUCCUCGCUAGCACUGCUCGUCCCCGUCGUUUCCACACGAUGUGGGCUUAGUGACGGCUCCCACUCACGCAAAGAGCCGCUGGAUGUGGCGCCGUCACUGGAACCGUCGCUAGCGUCUGCCAAUAGGGGGCGCUUUGGAGCGCUGCGUGGGUGCGGCGGCAUUUGGGUCCGUUGGCGCCACGAAUUUGCUGGAGGGAUUAUUUGUGUGCGAGGGAUAUACGCAGAGUAUACGCUGUGCCGAGUUCGAAUAUGGAAGAUAUCAGCAAAUCCUAGCAAAUCCGAAGAUAACACAAUAUUUGCUGUGAGUGGGAUGCUCCAAGUCUGGCAAAAUACCGGUUUCCCCCUGUCCUAA